GGAGGGAAAGGGGAGGAGUGAACGGCGACCGCGGGGGAGAGAAAUGGGCAUCUUUCUGGGCUUCUCCGAAGGGAUGGAUGCGAUUUAGAAGAAAGAGGCGCCCGCUGGAGCUAGGCGGGGGCUCGUCCCUGGGACCGGCAAGCGAGCUAGGUCAAAGCUAGGAUGCAACAUUUGGCUAAAUUUUGGAAAGUAUCUGGAGGCUUCACCAUAGACUUUGAAGGCUGCAGAUUUUAUACUCCUGAGCCAUACCAUUCAACAGGACAAGAGAGGCAUCAGGUGGAAUUAAAUUUGGCCCAGUGGACACCAUGGCUACCAGUGCUGUGCCAAAUGAGAACCUGCCCACUUACAAAUUAGUGGUGGUUGGAGAUGGGGGUGUCGGGAAAAGUGCCCUCACCAUUCAGUUUUUCCAGAAAAUCUUUGUGCCAGAUUAUGACCCAACGAUCGAAGAUUCCUAUUUGAAGCACACAGAGAUAGAUGGGCAAUGGGCAAUCCUGGAUGUCCUGGACACUGCUGGUCAAGAAGAAUUCAGUGCAAUGAGAGAGCAGUACAUGAGGACUGGAGAUGGCUUUCUUAUAGUCUAUUCGGUCACAGAUAAAGCCAGCUUUGAACAUGUGGAUAGGUUCCAUCAACUCAUUCUCCGAGUUAAGGAUAGAGAAUCUUUUCCAAUGAUUUUAGUGGCCAACAAAGUUGAUCUAAUGCAUUUGAGAAAAAUCACCCAAGACCAAGGAAAGGAGAUGGCAGCCAAGCACAAUAUUCCAUAUAUAGAAACUAGUGCUAAGGAUCCUCCACUGAAUGUUGACAAAGCCUUCCAUGAUCUUGUUCGAGUAAUCAGGCAACAAGUUCCGGAAAAGAACCAGAAGAAGAAAAAGACCAAAUGGCGAGGAGACAGAGCAACUGGUUCCCACAAACUGCAUUGUGUGAUUUUGUGACUGUCUCUUCCUAUGUUUCUCAUUUUCCCCCCAUUCCAACUUGAACCAAUUCUACAACCUAACUGCAACUUGACUUUUCAAGAAAACAGUUCCUGCCCAAAAGAACUCAAAGGGAAAAGUUCUGGGCGGUCUUGAGAUUCAGCCACAUGAUUAUUUGGCAAAUGAUGCAGAAUUGGUUUACCUAAAAAAGAAAAGAAAGAAAAAGA